GUGACUCUUGUUCUCAGCGUCCCUGGAGUGAUGUUGCUGAGUUUCAGUCUAACCUAAACUUGUAUACCUGAAACAGGUAGAAGCAAUCGUUCCUUCACGUUGUUUUGACGUUUUCUAUUCGAACGACUGCAGAAUUUGAAAAAAUGCUGCAUCUUAGACAAUAUGGGAUUCGAUUGGCUAGCACAUCAGCAAUUUCAGGAACAACUAAAUCAGGAAAAUUAUUAGAUUCAAUUAUAAGAGUAGAUCAUGCUGGAGAAUUAGGAGCAGAUAGAAUAUAUGCUGGACAAAUGGCUGUUUUAGGUAGGACUUCUGUUGGCCCAACUAUUCAACAUAUGUGGGAUCAAGAAAAAAAACAUCGUGCGAAAUUUGAAGAAUUAAUUACAAAAUAUCGUGUAAGACCCACUGUUUUAAUACCUAUUUGGAAUGUUGCUGGAUUUAUUCUUGGUGCUGGUACAGCACUUAUGGGAGAAAAAGCAGCUAUGGCUUGCACUGUAGCUGUUGAAACAGUAAUUACAGAGCAUUAUAAUGAUCAAUUGCGUGCAUUAGUAGAAAAUGAAGAAAAAGUAGAUGAAGAAAUUUUAGAAACAAUUAAAAAAUUCCGUGAUGAAGAACAAGAACAUCAUGAUACAGGUAUAGAACAUGGUGCAGAACAAGCCCCAUUUUAUCAAGCUUUAACAAAUAUUAUUAAAUUUGGCUGUAAAACUGCUAUAUCAAUAUCUAAAGUUAUAUAAUAUUAUUAUAGUAUAAAAAUGUUACAUUAACAGUUAUAAAAAAUUAGUUAAAAAAUUUUAAUGGAAUAAAAUAAUAUCUACUUUAUAUAUA